AUGGAAUCGCUAGACCUAAAUGAUAAAGUGAAGGUUUCACAAUGGGUACAAAACCGCAUUGAGUAUGGUGUUUUGCAUAUCCAUGAAUUGUACAUGGAUCCCUGUGCCAUGAUUCUGGAUCCAUGUCGAUAUACAGAUGUUGCACAGGACUCUGAACUGCUGGAUGAGCUUCAGAAUUUGUACUGCAAAAAAUCUUUUGUUUUUCUCGGCUGUG